AUGUUCGGUGCGAUGACGAUCAUUUUCUUCGCGCGGGGGACCUCCCUUCUGCUGCCAGCGGUGGGACCAAAGAUUCUGCUGGCUCACGUGGGACUGGCUGCAAUUCCUCUGUGUUUCGCCAAGUUCACUUCCGGGCGAGCUUACAAGGUUUGGCAUGAUGCGAUCUUCUGUUUGCUGGGCUUCUUGAUGCUGCUGUACAUGACCAGAGUUACGGUGCCCCUGUAUGCGGAUUUCUUCCCCGCGGCAGAGCCGCGAAAUGGAAUUCUCGGCUUCAUUCUCUGGGAGCACUGCUUGCUACUUAUGAGUGUGCAUCCCGCCUGCCUCGCCAUCUUCGAUGUGGUUGUGGUGCUAUUCUGCCCUGUAGGCACCGGGAAUUUGUCGGGCAAGAUCGACCUAGCCAUGGUUUUCGCCGUGAUCAUGAUCACCAACAUCCUCUUGGAAAGGACACGAGCUGCGGCUUUGCGGGCAACUGCCGAAGCAAUGCGGGCGCGGACCCUGACUGAGCAGAGGCAAAAGCGUCAGCUGGAGCAGUGCAUUGCUCUGGUCUUCCGGCAUAUAAAGGCACCUUUGCUGCUGGCAAAGUCGGAGGUGUCGGCCAACCAGGACCUCAAGAAGGCCGUGCAUUGCGCAUCGACUCGGAUCCAGCAGAUCUGGACUAUGCUAAACGGCCUGCAGAAGGAGAUUGAGAAUCAGUUCAAGAUCCGCUUCCUGAGCGAAGAUGCUGAGAGCCAUCUGCAAGAGUCAGAGCUCGUCAAGGAACUGGACGAUGCGCCAGAAGCAGUGCUCCAGUCAUUCUACACGUCUCCAGCGCCCUCUGUUUCCACGGCCCUCUACGCUGUCGAUGAGCAGUGCAAGUGGAUGGUGCUGCCUGCUGAAGCGACACUGAGUGUGGAGGUUGUCGUAGACGACCGCGAUGCCUCGGGGUUCCGUGCCGGCGGGGUGGAUGUGCACAUACCAGGAGCCCGGACGUUUCAGCCGCCCUGGCGCCCCCUCUUUGCGAGCGACGAGCAGGACCGGUUCCUACACUGGCUUGUCCAAUCUUCAAACGCCGCCUUUAAUGGGCAGACGGCCUGCGGCUUUGAAGAGGACCUUUUCUUUGAGCUGCCAUAUCUUGGCCAAGCCACUUUGAAGUGCCAAAAGCUGCGGGUGAGGCCUCUUGGAUUCUUGAGAGGUCGCUAG